AUGUCGGGCAUUCUUUUUGAGGACAUGUUCAAUGUCGAGUCCGUGGACUCGGCGCGUUACAACAAGGUCUCCCGUAUAAUAGCACAGUCCUCAACUUCGCAGGAUAUAAAAAUCACCUUGGACAUCAACAGUGAGUUGUUCCCAGUGAGGGACCAUGAUUCACUCACAAUCACACUCGCAUCCUCCUUGGGUAACGAGCAGUCACAGGUUACCUCCAGUGGUUCGUGGAGACCACCCAAAGCCGGCGAGAGAUCCUUGGCUGAUGACUACGAUUAUGUUAUGUAUGGUACCGUAUACAAAUUUGAGGAAAAUGCCGGUAGCGAUAAAAUGUCGGUAUACAUAUCAUUUGGAGGAUUAUUGAUGUGCCUUGAGGGUAACUACCGCUCGUUAUCGAACUUGAAGCAGGAAAAUGCUUAUAUUCUCAUUCGUCAUUAUCGUGACAACUAA